AUGGUUACCGUCGUACCCCGCUCCAAGAAACGGCGCACCCUUCCGGACCAAGAGACCCAGCUCGAUCCCCUACCCAUGUCAUCAACCAUGCUAGCCCACCACCAGGCGCCUCCACAGCCGCCUCCCCAGCCCAACUACCCACAGCCAGGUCCCAGCAGCGCUGCCGGACCAACCUCGACGCGUUCGACGCGUCCAUUGCCAGGCCUAUCGACGGUUAGCGAGGUCAUCGGAGGCAAGGUCCAGGAGGUCUUUGUUCUCGACGACGACUCGCCGCCGCCAGCCAAUCCGCUCGACUCGCAUCCGCUAAGGCCCGACGGCCUCGAAAACUACACGUACGCCAAUGCCAACGGCCAUCCGGCCUAUGGCCAUCCCGGCUACGGCGAUCCGCGGUACAACGGCGCCGCCAACCACGCCGACGAUGGGACAGCUGCGGCAGCCAAGGGCAAGCGCAAGGCGCAGGGCAGCGUGCCCCCAACCGCGCCCGACACCCACCUCCAACAACACCACCACCUCGCUGCCAUGCCCCACGAUGCGGACCUCAUCGCGCCGGCGCCGGGCACGUUGCAGGGGCCACCCGCCGGAUCUUCAGUCGCCGGGCCGACGACCAAGCGGCGCAAGCGCAGCCAUCCGGUGCAGCCGGGGAUCGCGCCGGUCGCCGGCACGGCUGCCAACGGCGCCUAUCCGGCUGCUGUCGCCACGAUGCCGGGCGCCGCUACCGCGUACAACGCCGGCGCGAUGGCGCCCGCGGUCGAUCCCAACUACCGAGGUGGCUACCCCGCCAGCAGCGGGGCGCUCGACUAUGCGGCGCGCUACGAUCCGGCCAGCAACGCGGCGGCAGCGGCGGCAGCCGGACAGCAGCUCGGUUACGACGGCACCGCGAGUGCGCGCGAGUCCUAUGCAAGCUCGGCCUCGUUUGCGAACGCGCAGGCGGCCAACCUGCCCGUCGACGACAAGGAGGGGCACUUUAUCGUCCGCGAGGGCGAAAACGUCACGUCACGAUACAAGAUCCUGGGCCAGCUCGGGCAAGGGACGUUCGGCAAGGUGGUCGAAUGCUUUGACCGCAAGGAGCGCAAGUACGUGGCCAUCAAGAUUAUCCGCGCGAUCCAAAAAUACCGCGACGCCAGCCAGAUUGAGAUCCGGGUGCUCAAGACGCUGCGGGAGCACGACCCGAUGAACGACAACAAAUGCAUCCACCUGCUCGACACGUUCAGCUGGAAGAACCACGUCUGCAUCGUGUCGGAGCUGCUCGGCAAGAGCGUGUUUGACUUUCUCAAGGAGAACCACUUCAAGCCCUUCCCGCCGCUGCACAUCUGGCGGUUUGCCAAGCAGCUGCUCCAGAGCGUCGCCUUCCUGCACCGGCUCAACCUGGUGCACACCGACCUCAAGCCGGAGAACAUCCUGCUGGUCAACUCCGACUUUGACGUGCACCUCAGCUCGAGGCGGGCCAACGCCAAGCGCAAGAACGUGCUGCAGAACACCGACAUCCGGCUGAUCGACUUUGGCAGCGCCACGUUCAACGACGAGUACCACUCUGCGGUGGUCUCGACGCGCCACUACCGCGCGCCCGAAAUCAUCCUGCAGAUGGGCUGGUCGUUUCCGUGCGACGCGUGGUCGAUUGGGUGCAUCCUGGUCGAGUUCUACACGGGCGACGCCCUCUUCCAGACCCACGACAACCUCGAGCACCUGGCCAUGAUGGAGGCGGUGCUGGGCGUCAUGCCCGACGACUUCCGGCGCAAGGCCGAGACGUACAAGCCGGACCUGUUUCGCGGCGGACACCUCAACUACCCGAACCAGGAGACGCCCAAGAACAGCCGGCGGUACGUGCGGCAGAUGAAGAAGCUGUCGGACAUUGUGCCGCAGUCGGCGACGCACAACAAGCACAACCAGCGCUUCCUCCACCUCCUCCGCCGGCUGCUCGAGUUUGACCCCAACAAGCGGAUAAAGGUGGCAGAGGCCCUCACCCACCCCUACUUUGACCUCCAGCAGCGCGAGUUUCCGUGGUGA